AUGACAGCAGAAGAUAAAAAGGCAGUCUCAAUAAAAGUGCCGGUAAAGGACAAGGACGCGGAGGAGAAAAGAAGAAAGUUGAACAAAGUAAAAAUAAAAAAUGAAGAAUUAAAUGAAGAAGAAAAGAAAAAAAAGGAAGAACUGGAAUUGCUAAUUACAAGAUUAAAGGACGAUGAUCCAAAUGUAGUGAAUUUAUCUAUCACAUUAUUAAAUAAAGAAAUUAUCGACACAAGUGGAAUUUUAACCUCUUCUUUACUAGCUUUAAAAGUAUUGAAGUCUCAUUAUAAUUCUUUGAUAGAUAUACAUAAUGAAAUGAAAUUUGAGGAAUGCAAGAGAAAGUUAAGCAACAUGAUUAGUGCAUUAUCAACAACUAUAGGAGAUGAAAAUAAUAUCGUGAAAUAUAUUAUUUCUGGGAAUAAGAAAGAUCUAAUAAACUAUGGCCACGAGUAUAUAAAGAAUUUAAUUACAAAGUUACUGGCUGAGUAUAAAAACUUAAAAGACGAGGACGCAAAUGGAGCUGCAUUGUCUAGCACUGCAAAUAUGACAAGUUCUGCUAACAUGGCAAGUGCUGUUAACAUGACCAAUUCAAACAAAGUAGCUAACACCCUUAGUCAGAUGUACGAAUUAGUGAACAUCGUCGUUCCCUACUGCUUUAAUCAUAACACGGAAUACGAGGCUAUAGACCUACUGAUAGAGGUGGAUAAAAUUAAUGAUAUAUAUUUAUAUGUUGAUGAAAAAUCGUGUGAAAGGUCAAUAUUGUAUUUGUUAAAUUUAACUCAUUAUAGUUCAUCAACAGACGAAUACUAUAAACUAAUGGAAGUGAUAUUACUUAUAUUAAAAAAACAUAAAAAGUAUGUGGAAUAUUUAAAAAUAUUAUUAAGAUUAAAUAGAAGAGAUAAAAUAAAAGAAAUUUUUUUUGAAUGUGGUGAUACUCUAUUAUGUAAACAGAUGGCCUUAAUAUGUUCUAGACAUUGUAUACAUUUAGAAUUUAGUCAAGAAGAGAUAAUAAAAUAUAGUAAUAUGAAUUUAAAUGAAAUAUCUACUUUAUCUUCAGGAGAACAUUUAUCUCCGAUUUUUUUAAAAUUAGCAAAAGAUUUAGAUGUAGAAGAACCCAAACUACCAGAAGAUAUUUAUAAAAUCCAUUUAGAAGAAAAAAGAAAUACAAAUGCAUGGGAUUCAGCUAAACAAAAUUUAUCGUCUACAUUUGUUAAUGCAUUUGUAAAUGCAUCUUUUUGUAAAGAUAAACUAAUGACUGUAAAUUCCUCUUUAUGGAUUUUUAAGAAUAAGGAAUAUGGUUUAAUGAGUGCAACAGCAUCUAUGGGGUUAUUACUAAUGUGGAAUCUAGAUGAAGGUUUAUCACAAAUAGAUAAAUUUCAAUAUAGUACUGAUCAAUAUGUAAAAGCAGGUUCAUUAAUGGCAUUUGGGAUAGCUUGUACAAAUAUAAAAAACGAAUGUGAUCCGGCAUAUGCAUUGUUAUCUGAACAUAUUGAUGCAGAAAAUACUUUAGAAAAAAUUGGAGCUAUAUUAGGAUUUGGAUAUGCAUAUGCAGGUUCGAAUAGGGAAAAUCUCUUAGAUGUAUUAAUUCCUCCCUUAGUUGACAAUGGAUGUAUUAUUGAUUGUAGUGUUUUUGCAGCUCUAUCUCUAGGUCUAGUAUUUGUUGGAUCACAAAAUAGAGAAAUUGCUGAGUAUAUUAUUGAUACCAUUUUGGAAAGAGAAAAAAUAAAUAAUUGUUUAGAUCAACCUAUAUCGAAGCUCUAUGCAGUAGCUUUGGGUCUUUUGUUUCUUUGUUCAAGGGAAAAAUGUGAAGCUACCUUAUCCGCACUUGAAGUUAUCAAACAUCCGAUAGCCAAAUAUAUGAUAGCAACAGUUGAAGGAAUGGCCUUUGCGGGAUCAAACGAUGUAUUGAAAGUGCAAAAGAUGCUACAAGUAUUGGUCGAAAAAAGAAACGACAAAAAGAUCAACGGAGAAAAUAAGGCACAUAAUAACAGUAGCGGUUCCAUCGAUGGUAAGAUAACUAACGCAGAAAAUAAAGGAGCAAGUAUCGACAAUAAGAAGAUAAAUACCGGAGAUGCUGGAAAAGGCGUGAAGAGUUCCAUUGAAGGAAAAUCAGCUACAGGUAACAAUAGCAGCAGUAAUAUUGGCGCUAACAUUAGCGGAAAUAUCAGUGGAAAUAUGAACGGAAAUAUCAGUGGAAAUAUGAGCGGAAAUAUCAGUGGAAACAAUGGCAUGGGUGGUAGCAGUCCAGUGGAAGACAACCUGGACCAGUGUGUUGCUAUCCUAAACAUUGCACUCAUAGCCCUAACGGACGAUAUAAGCUCAGAGAUGACUACUCGUAUUGUUGACCACUUUUUACAAUACUCUAGCAUUAAUCAAAAAAAAGCCGUUCCACUUGCUUUGGCCUUAUUAUUUACAUCCUUUCCAAAACCAAACAUUGUUGAUAUCUUGUCAAAAUUAACACAUGAUCAAGAUCCGGAUGUAGCUUUGCAUGCAAUUAUUUCCUUAGGGUUUGUUGGUGCUGGAACAAACAACUCUAGAAUUGCUAUUCUACUAAGACAAUUGUCCACAUUUUAUUGUAAAGAUACCAAUGCUACUUUUGUUGUAAGAUUAUCACAAGGUUUACUGUAUAUGGGAAAAGGUUUACUUACUAUCAACCCUUUGCAUUCCAAUCGUUCGAUUAUUAACCCCGUCUCCUUAGGAUCUCUAUUAAUAACAAUACAUGCAUGCUUGCAAUUGAAGUCAACAAUAUUAGGCAAAUAUCAUUAUCUGCUCUAUCAUUUGGUGCCUUGUAUUUAUCCCAGAAUGCUCGUAACAGUCAACGAAAAUUUGGAACCACUUCCCAUCUCUGUGCGCGUUGGACAGGUGAAGCUCGGGAAAAAAAAAAAUAAUAAAUAUAUAUUACAGCUAUCACGAGCGGUUGAUGUUGUUGGACAAGCGGGAAAACCCAAAACGAUAACAGGAUUUCAAACUCACGUUACUCCCGUUUUACUCUUGCACACAGAUCGAGCGGAAAUUGCCACCGAAGAAUAUAUUCCAAUCAGCGAUACCCUAGAAGGAAUUGUUAUCCUCAAAAAGGACCCUAAUUAUAUCCCACCAACUGCCAAUUGA